ACCCUCCCAAAGGCGGUCGACAUGUUUCCUUUGACUAGGUAGAAGAAAGGGUUUGUCUUCUUUCUCCCUUUCAAGAAAGAAAGAUCCUCCAGAAUCGUCUUCUCGCCAUCCCCUCCCCCAACCCUUAUCUGCCAGUCGUUGUGUCGACUUCGUAUCGACUCGUUUCUAGGAUCCUGGACCCUCUUAACUGCUAGGAUCGCGGGGCAGCUAGGACUCAGUCCAGGUGCUGAAGCUCCCCAGCUUCGAUCGGUCUUCGCCGCCCCACCCCCACCCUCCGCUCCCUUGUGCCCUUGGACAGAGGACAAGGGAGGAGGAGGAGGAAGGGCCCUCUGGGAUAGGGCCGCAGGGGGCUCGACCCUGCGCGGAGUUAGGGAGGGAGGCCUGUGAAGCCUUAGAAACAAAAGCCAAGGUUCGAGUAAAACGUAGGAGAGCCGCUUGCAGCUCCUGGUUUCUGUGGAAAUGAGACACGUCUCUUUAUAGCGAAAGAGAAAAAGAUCUCGUACUUUAGCCACGAGACGGCGUGCGCAUGUUAGGAAGGAAGUAAUGAAACUUAACAGCUUGGGAGAGGAAAUGAACAAUGACCUGGAGACUAUGGGGACCUCGGCAGCGGCGGUAACAGCACCUGAGACAGUUUUUCAGAAAGUAUCAGUGUCUUCAAAUUCUGAUUUCCAAAGAGCAAUUUCAGUACUGCAUAGUUCUUACUUGGAUUCUACAUCUGAGAAUGGUUUUCGUUACAGUGAAGUGACAUUGGUGAAAAAUGAUUUUUUCUUAAAAGAGUAUAAAACUUUUUAUCAACAAAAGGAAGCAAGCAACUAUACUACAGAGGAACUUCAUGAAACUUAUGGUUUUCUUCUGUUUGACACCGAAAAUCAGGCAAAAUUAGUAUGUCAGCUUGGACUAUGUAUAGCCAGCAGUACUGUCACUACUUUGGGUGAUCCAGCAAAAGGUGUAUACAUUUCCAGAUAUUCAGAUUACCUUCAUCCAAGACCCUGGUAUCAUGGAAAAUCUGGUUAUGUUGUUAUUUUUAAUCUAAUUAAGGGAAAAGUCAAGGCUGUACCUGAGAAUUACACAACUAACUAUACCAGUCCGUCUUCUGGCUAUGAUUGUCAUGUGGCUGCAAAUAUCAACAACGUUUCUCUCAAGACAAGCCACUUUCGAGCCUUUGAGCUGAGUCAGUAUUACUUCUACGAAUUUUUAGACAACAGUGUUGUUGAACGACCCAGGCAAAUCCUUCCCUACGUAAUUGUAGCCUUUCAGUAUAGUGAACCUAACAAGAUGUCAACUUUAGGUCAUAAAAAUAUGAUUGAAUUUGAUGAUGAAGUUCUCAUCUCCCCCUGGAGAGGGCAGUUAACUAUUCAGGGACAACUGAUAUGUGAUUUAACACUGUGGUCCCCUCAUGGUGCAGUGAUUCCAGCCCAGUUACCCCGGCAGCUAGAUGCCAAAUAUGUUAUGGAGGUAUCUACUUUGAAGAAGAAGCUACCAGAAUCUGCUUUUAGAAAAAGCAAUUAUUUGGAAGAAAAAGUCUGUUACCAAGAUUUAUGCUUCAGCAUGUAUGAAGUGGAAACAUCAAACAAACAGGGGAAGAAAUUAGAUCAACUAACAGAAUACAUAAAAACUAAGAAAUUGGCAAUUAUCAAAUGUUUAAAAGAUCAUGGAUUCCUUAUUUUGCUUACAUCAUCAGCCUUGCUGUGGGACACAGAUUUUGGUGAUGAACAUAUGAAUCUAUAUGCCUUGUUUUUAUUUCCUUCAUCCUUGACAACAGGUAGAAAAGAACCAAAAUGUGAAGAUGAUAUUUCCGGGAGAGUUGUACACAUUUUACCUACCCUUCAUUAUGCUCUAUUGGAAGCAAAGAAAUUUUUGUCUGAGGAAGAAAUGCAUCCAAAUGUGUUAGUGAAGCAUCAUUUGCAAGAAAUUUCCAAGCUGAAGAAAAAUUCUUCAUUAUCUCCCCCAAAUACAUUUGAAGAACCAGAAUUUUUUCCAUCUGAUACUUCAUCUGAUGAAUUUAAGUCAGAUCAUCAUUUUGAAAAAUGUACUGAGAAGAGUUUAAACUGUCUUAAGUCUUACUUUUCAAAUCCUAAUGGCUAUGCUUUGGAAAUAACCACAGCCUUGGAUUUGCUAACAAGGCAUUCUCCAUCAUCUUUUUCUGUUUCUGAAGGAAUCUGUGAUGUUGGCUUCUCUCUCUUUAUGCCUCCAGAUUCUGAAUUUGUUGACUUAGAGGCUCACAUGAAAAAGGAACUUGAAAAAUCCAAGAAUUCUGAGGGAUUAGGAAAGGCUAAUGGGGAUUCUCUACAGUUAUGUCCAGCAUCAAAUCUGAGAGUUCAGCCGAAGAGAAAAGCAAGUAUGUCAGUUGUGAUGCAAAAUAAAAAGGUGAACUUAUGCCGCCCUUUCUCCAAAAAAACAGGACCUGUAACAACCAUUGAAACUACUGUUAAGCUAGCAAAAGGUCAAUUUCCUCAGAAAAGGAAAAGAGGUGCUGAAGUGCUGACAGCACAGUUUAUACAGACAACAAGAUUGGAUCAGAAAAGCCAAGAGACUUCUGUUUCUGAGAGUGUGCCAGUGGUAAUGAAUGCUAAAAAGGUAAAGAAACCAGAGACAUCUCCAAUCAAAACUGUGCCAAGAGUUAGCCACGCCAUGAAAAAACCUCCACAGAAACAGAGAGUAAAUAUAGUAAAAAGCAAUCAGAAUCCAAGAAUGAGAAAGCAACUACAACCUGCCAAAAGAGAAAUUUCUUCUCAGCCACCGGUUAAAAUUCUGUCAAAUAACCAAGGACAUGAUAAUAGUGAAAACACUGCCCCGCUUGGAAACACAGCUGUUGUUCAGUCAGAUCUUCAAGGAAACUGCAUUGGUCACUUUGACUCCCAGGCCCUAAAUAUGUUGGCUGAUCUAGCUCUAAGCUCUGCUACCUCUACCACCACAUCAUCUAUUCACAGAGAUCUGUCUUCCUCCUCUGACUUGGCCCAAAACAAUAAUAUUUUGUUUUAUAAAGAAAAUCCUUUGCAAGGUACUUAUGAUCAUGAAUAUCACAGGCUGGCUAAGAACCAAAGAUGUGCAUUGUAUUCUCUUGAACUAUCCAAGCCAUCUUAUGAACAAACCGAUUCAAGGACAAAUUUGCCUGAUAGCCAGCGUGAAAAGAACUUGACUCACUAUAGUCAGAUAUCUGUGACCCAGGAAGCACUUCCUAAAGAUACGCUAGACUCUGCAGAUGAAAGCACUAGCACUAGCUCUUUUAUUGCCAUAGAACAUUCUUACGCCUUACUCACUGCUGAACACUCAAAGAAACAUCUACAGCAGCGCGGAACUCAGGGUCCAACUUUUGCAAAGAAUGGGACAAAAGGCCCUGAGGCAGGGACUCCAGUGGGCAAAGUGAUGCCAUUUCGGCACCAGCAUAACACUCCACCUGUUCAAAAGCUUUUGCAGGAUCCUAUUAUAAAGCCUAAGACUCGAUUGUUGCCUUCCAAUUUAAAAGAAGAUUUUUGCCAUUCUCACACAGUAUUUAGCUGUGAUGGCUCCUUUAAGGUUACUUGUAAGUGUGAAACAGAAUAUGUCUUCAGCUUAGAUAGUAAAUAUACUAACAACCCAUUGGAGAAAACUGUAAUACGAGCUUUACAUGGACCCUGGAAUGCUGAUGUGCCAGAUAAUGUUGAAGAAGUGAAGCUUAUUCUUCAUAUGUGGGUAGCUCUGUUUUACAGCAAUCAAAAUAAAGUUAUACCUUCAGCUCGGAAGGUGGUAGAACAUAGCAAUCCAGCAAAAUAUGUGUCCAUAAAUAGCACUUUGGAUCCCUUGGAUUUCAGUGAAGUCAGUGAAGAAUGUCUGGGUAUGAAACGACAUUCUGUAGAUUCUCCAUUGGAGACCAGUUGGACUUCAAGUAGUUCUACCCCGGGAAUAUUAUUGUCCUGCACCAACAUCAAGCCAUCUACAAGUGGCUUGGAAGAGAAAGCUACUUUAGCAGGAGAAGACCAUCAGGAUGCUCCAGAAUUCCAGAGUACUAUCUGUUCUAAUAAUGAGAUAAUUAGAAAAAGAACGGAACAAGAAUUGCCAAGUAAUGUAGAGCCACCUAACAUUGUGCUUUCUAGUAAUGCAAGUACCCAAACUAGAGAACCUUCUGUUGCUGAUGAAAAUGAAAAUUCACAGAAACUUGUUAACUCAAGGACAGUAUCUCAAAAUGGUAUCAAUGAUCAGACAAUGAUCUGUGAAACUUCAGUGAACAGAGCUUUAGAAAACAGAGACGAUCCUGUCUAUGAAGCACUAGGCACAAAAGCAAAUAAUUUACAGAAUAUUACAGAGCAUAAUAGCCCCAGAAACAAAGUGACAGAGAGCCAGGAGUCAUUAGAAAACAAAGAUGGUGAUUUGGAAUAUGUAAUGAUCAAUUUGGAACCAAUUACUUUCACUUUUGAGAAAAAUGCCUGUCUGCCUAUAGAAGCAGGAUUUACAAAUGGAUCUGAUAAAGUACCAGACACUGAUAGAGAAUUAAUGAAAAAAGUUUCACCUGUUGAAAGUCUUAGACAACAAAUUCCUUUCCAUGAAAUGGCCCAAGCUCAAAGUGCUUCAUCUGCAAAUCAGGACCUCCAAGACAUUUCAUCCUUGGCAGCAUCUGCAUCAACAGGAACUAAAUACCUCUGUACAUCUUCUGGCACUAGAGAGAUCCUUGCUAAAGACACUGGCUCACUUCAGAAAGAAGUUCCCAUUCCACUGGCAACAUCAUCAUCUAAUACAGUGUUAAUUGAGGCAGUCACAUCAGUUGUAAAUUCUGGUGAACAGGCAACCUCUAAUGAAAUAAAAUUGCCUCGGGACACGUUUCUACAGACUCCAGGACUCUAUAGCAUAUCUUCUGAAGAGGUUAUAGAAUCAUCCCAGGUUGAAGAAAUUGUUUUAGCACCUACUUUUGCCCCCUUGGAAAGCAAGCAAACUGGUUCAGCUGGUUAUAUUCCAUCAAGAUCUACUAAAUUAAAAUAUCCUUUAGAAAAGGAAACAAAUGAGAGUGACCUGAACAGUGAAAGAAUGAAUUUUGAAUCAGUUAACUUGGCUUUUACCAAAGAAACAUGCAUAUCUUUGGGCAGAGAGGCCGUCAGCAUAGAAUUAUCAGAUGAUUCAGAUAUUGAACUAGCACUAACAAUAUCACCUCCUACAAGUCCUCGAGAUCAAGCACAAUCUGAUGAAAUUAUGCAGAUUCAGGCUGUCCCAUUAGAGAAUGUAGAACUUCAAGUUGUAGCUGAAGAAAUAAUUGAUCCAGUAAACACAACUUUCCCCAAAAACAAAGAAACUAAUUCUGACUAUUCCUCACUUUGUACUUCAGUAUCACACAAACCAUUAGAAAACAAAGAGUGUAAAAGAGAUGCUAUAGAGCCAGUGACUUUAGUACUUGCUAAAGAAUCAUGUACACUUGAGAUUGGACAGGAAGUUAAUAUUAUCUCUAAUUCACCUUUUGAUGGUGCCUUAAUUGAGCCAGUGUCACCAGCUUCAAUUCCUGAUGACCAGAUGACAUCUAAAGAAACAACACUGUCUCAGGAUAUGCCCCUUCAAAUGUUAGAACUCCACAGUACGAUAUCUAAGGAAGUUAAUAAAGCUACCCAGAUUCAGUCAGUAGAUUUAGCAGAAGAAGAAAAUGCUUCUGUUAGUCAUAUUUUACCAGAAGGAAAGCAGACUGUAACACAGGGGAAAUUAACAAAACUUUCUCCUGAAUUGGCUUUGCCCCUAAUUGAUUAUACAGAACAAAAAGAAAGUCAUUUAGUUCUUCGCAGGAGAGCAGCUGAAGACAGUGUUGCCCAAAAUAAAUAUGAUGAUUCUAGAUUUUUCCCAGGAAAAUUUCAAUGUUGUGAUGCAGCAUUAAACCAGAUUGCCUCAGUUACUAAGUAUGAGGACUAUAAGACUUCUUUUCAGGAAUUGGAAAGAUCAGAGAAUUCUUUAAAACAAACUAGUGAGGAAAACAAAAAUUUGGACUUAACAAAUACUGUUUUGGACACCCAAAAGGCUCCACUUUGUCUUAGAAAGUUGAUAGAAAAUAGGUCUUUCGCCGAGAAAAGCCAUUCUUCAGCUGAAUCAGGUGUGAAAAGCAAUUCAUUGGAUCACAAGACUAGUCCUUUGAACAAUAGGAAGGAUUUACAUGACUGCAUAUUAAAGCAAAAUGAAUCUGAUUAUUUACAUAAUAAGUCACUGAAUUCAACUCCAGUUGAUCAAUCUGAUUUUAUACAAAUGUGUACAACCUCAAAGAACCCAGAUAUUUGUAUUUCCAUGGAUACUGCUUCACAUAAAAGUAAUUCAGGGCAACCAAAUGAGAGUUCUCAAGAGCAUGGAAUUUCACUGGUCAAAAUUCUCAAUAAUGAUAAAGUUACUGCCAGUUUACAUGAAGAAUCCAUCAGUUUUAAAGGAAUUGGCCCUGGUUCAAACCUCAUUCCAUUGUCAAAAGCAGAGGGGAAAACACCGGUUCACCAGGAAGUUUCUGUGUGUGAAACAAAAAAUCAAUCAGGUGGUAUUUUUGCCACCAAAGAAUCUAACUUGGCAUGCAGUGGUGCAUACCAAGAUAAGGCAAAUGUAACCAGAAAUUCAGAAGAAGAAUAUUCUGCUUUAACUACUCAGAAACCAUCUUGGGAAGCCUCUAAAGAGAUUAUGGAACAUGAGAAUGUUAUAGAAAAAAUUGGAAAUGAGAAAGAUGUAAAAUCCCCUGAUAGAAAUAUGAAUACAGAUUUGAAUACUGAAAUUUAUUAUGAAUCACUUUCUGGAGAAUCUGACCAAGAAUGUUUUGGGGAUAUUAAACUUCCCCAGUAUCAGUCAGAGGAUUCUUGUCCUUUGAAAACCAGUCAUCCAAACAAAGUAGAAGAAGCUACUAUAACUAAUUAUGAUACUCUGGUGCAUAAUAGGACUAUCACAGCAAGCAAUGACAUUGAUAGCUGGAAUUAUUCUCAUAAAGGUCCAGUGGCAGAUGAAGGUACUCAGGAAAGAAGCUGGUCAAGUGGAUUAAAGAAAGGGGAUAAGUAUGUACCAUUUUACAUUAAAAUCCGAGAUCUUCAUGGCACUCCCAGGAGCUAUACUAAUUUUACUGUAACUAAGAAGCUCAAAGAUACCACUAGGACUUUACAUAACCUGAAGCAGCACCCUUGUGCCACAGCUCGGUGUGGUUUGAUAAGCUCCUGGACAAGUACCUGGCAGGUGGCAGAUGAUCCUACCCAGAAUACUUUGGACCUAGAAUAUCUGCGAUUUGUGCAUAAGCUAAAACAAAUGGUAAAGAAGGGGAAAUCUCAGCUUUCAACUACUACUCCCAAUCCUUUGACAAAGGAAUCACAUAUUCAGACAGCUGUUGGAGUCUUUCCCUUGACAAAAGUAACUGAGACUCCAGUUACACAUCCAACCUCCAGGAGCAGAAGCCCUCUGUUGGUAACAAUUGUUCACUCGGAGCCAAGACAACAUACUUCAAGCUGGCACACGAAAAGUCAUAAACGAGGGGAUUUUGACAGUCUUUCUUCUCCUUCUGGGCAAGACAAGUGUGGUAGCCAAAGUAGAAAUAUUCCAAAUGCUGAGAGAGAUCCAGCCUCUUCAUUCCAUCUCAAUAAGUUAAAAUAUGAUAGUAAGCUGAAAGAAUCUAGGAAUGAUAUUUCACUCAUUUUGAGUGAAUAUGCUGAAUUCAAUAAAGUGAUGCUUAACAACAGCCAAAGGAACUACCAAACUAAUGAUCUGAGCCUUACCUCUGGAAAAGCCACAUCACCAAAGGUGUCAUCUUUCCCAAGGAGAAUGGCUUCCUAUGAAAACAUGAUUACAGACUUGUGUUCUAAUUUACAUAUCAAACUAAAAAGCGUUAUAAAAGAGGCUUGUAAAAGCACCUUCCUUUUCUACCUGGUUGAAACAGAAGAUAGUUCAUUCUUUAUCAGAACAAGGAAUUUACUGAGGAAAGAAGGCCACAAAGAAAUUGAACCUCAGCAUUUCUGUCAGGCAUUGCACAGGGAUACAGAUACACUAGUAGUCAUCAUUAAAAAUGAGGAUAUAUCAACACAUGUGCAUCAAAUUCCUUCUUUGCUGAGGCUGAAGCAGUUCCCCAGUGUCAUGUUUGCUGGAGUGGACAGCCCAGGGGACGUCCUGGACUGUACCCAUCAGGAGCUGUUUCGUACAGGAGGCUUUGUGGUGUCAGAUGACAAAGUAUUAGAAGCUGUAACUUUAGUUCAGCUAAAGGAAAUUGUCAAAAUCUUGGAAAAACUAAAUGCCAAUGGAAGGUGGAAAUGGUUGCUUCAUUAUAGAGAAAGUAAAAAACUAAAAGAGGAUGUAAGAGUAGAUUCAAUUGCUCAUAGCAAGAAUUCAAUAUUGAAAUCAUACCAGAGUGCAAAUAUCAUUGAAGUACUUCAUUAUCACCAGUGUGACUCCAAAUCUUCAACAAAAUCAGAGUAUUUGAAAUGUCUUCUGAACUUGCAAGUUCUGCACAUCAAUGCCAGGUUUGCUGUGUACCUAACAGAUAAACUCAGUACCUCCAGAGAAAUAUUUGAAAAUAAUGGAAUCCUUGUUACUGAUAUAAGUAACUUUGUUGGAAUUGUACAAAAAGCAGCCCCAUUUAAGGCAACUUAUUGGUGAUGAAAAGUACCAGCUCUGAUGACUUCCAAGACUAACUACAAUGAUGAGCUAAUUCCCCCUUUCCAUUCUGCCUUCCCCAACCCUAAACACCUUCAGGAAGAAAUGAAUCCACUUUUCACAUUUAAAACUAUAAAUUUUCCAUUAUAAUGCAGAUAUCCUUAGGGGAUUAUUUUUCUUUCAAUUUAUAGUCUGCUGAAAUGUGAUUUAUUUCAGAAUGGCACAGUAGACUUAUUGUUAAGCUUUGGAUUAUAGGGUUUUAAAUUAUUUUUAAACAGGAUGCAUUUUAACAAAGCCAGUAGUAUACAUUAUUAAAAUGAACAAUAGGAAAAUGUUACCGAAAGGCUACAAGUUGGAAAACUGUAAUGUAAAGGUCCAUUUUAACAAGUGUAUUUUUUAUGGUUGUUUAUGUAAAUAAGGCAUAAGUAGUAUGUUAUGGUCUGAAAUUCUUUUUAUACACUUUGCCCAUCUUCUAGGAAAUUAAUCUAAAUGUAUUAGUCUACUGCUACACUACGUGAGGUUAAUUUUUUUUCCCAAAUGGUACCUAUUUGCAGUGACAUUUUUCCACUCUGUUUGGUUUUUGUAAAUAGCUCACUAUGUCAAUAUUCUGAGGAAUAAUAAUCAUAUGUUUAUGGUAUUUCAAAAAUUUCUAUAGUAGUCUUUGAACACCUCAAAGCUAAACAGAAACUUUGUACAAGAUAUGUGGUAUCUAUUUGGAGGGUAGGUUUUAUACCUAAUAAUUUUUAAAAAAUAAAAACAAGUAAAAUAUU